AUGCGACGCAGGACGCUUGGAUUAGUGCAGGAUGCGUUGUCGGCGGCCCGCAGCUCGCUGCUGCUGCAUGACGCGCAACAUGCGACGCAGCGCCUUGGCCAGCAUCGCGGCUGCGCGCUGUCAGCGCUGUCAUGCUACCACGGCCAAAGCAACGACGGCGACAGUACAGAUGGCAACGGCAGCAGCGGCGACGCGCGCGCGGCAGAGGUAGCAGAGGUGCGGCGUAUGAGGGCGGCCCGGCGCGCGGACGACGGCCACCCGCCGCUGCCAGAGGGCGCCGCGCGGCGCGCGAUGCUGGACCCCCUGGGGCUGCUUAUGGCGGCCACGAGCGUGCCCCUGGGCAUCAGCUUGCGCCUGGACAGCCAGCGCGCAGCAGCCGCACUCGGCGACGCUGAGGACGCGCCCGCAGCGGCGCAUCAACAGCAGCAGCACGCACAGCAGCCGCGUCCGCAGCAGCUUCAGGGCCGCCGCCGGCGAGCGCCGCGCAGCAGCGGGACCGCGGCGGCGGCCCCGGGCGCCGCGGCGCCGUCGGUGGACGAGGCGGUGGCGGCGGCGGCGCGCCUGGCGUCGGACCCGACGCGUGCACUGGAGCAGCUGGAGCAGCUGAUCGCAGCGGCGGGGCCGGCGGGGGGCGGCGGGGAUGGCGGCCCGGUGGAGGGCGGGGACAGCUGGGGCACGACGACGCAGUCCGCUGCCGACAUCGCGCGGCGCAUCGCGGAGUCAAACAGAGCGGCCGAUGAGGCGGCCGGCGGCGGCGGCAGCGGGGGGGAUGGCGGCGGCGGCGGCGGCGGCGGUGGCGAGGAGGAUGACGAGGAUGAGGAGGCGGCGGCGGGUGCGACGGUGAGCCCCGAGCAGGUGGGGCGCGACCUGCGUGAGCUGGACGAGGUCUUUGCGAUACUGGCACAGGUCCCCUGGCUGGACGACGGCGCCGUGGACGAGCGCGAGCUGCGGGGCGUCGUGGCGGUGGGGCUGCUGGGCACCCUGGAGGAGGUCGGCUGGGACCUGCGCGGCGGCCUCGCGGCCAUAUGGGGCGGCCAGCGCGACGGCGACGCGCUCGCCGCGUCGGCCGCCGACCCCAAGCAGGCGUCGGCGCUGGCGGCCGUGCUGUACCACACCAAGCGGCUGGAAGAGCAGUACGGGCCGCCGCCGCCCGCGUCCGUGGAGCUGGCGGUCAAGGCGGCGCAGGCGGGGGCGGAGCCGACGAUGGUGCAGCAGCGCGAGCAGCGGCGGUGCAGCAGCAGCGGUCAGACGACGCCAAGGGGCGGCGUGGGCCGUGAGGGGCUGGGCAGCGGCGCGCUGGGGCGUGGUGAUGAAUAUUGA